AUUUUUCAGUGUGGAGAACAUUUCAUCAAAACAUCAUGGCUGCUACUACUACUGCAACCACUGCAACUUCACCAAUUUUCUUCAAUUCACAUAGAAAAAUAUCAUCCCAAUCAAAACCCAUGACUUUAAUAAGCGUCUCAUCUUCUAAUUUCUUACAGAAGAGGAAUAAAAAUUUGAAUUUCCAGAGAAUGUCAUUGCUUCCGACAAGAUUGGAGUUCAGAAAAUACUCAAAGCUCUUGGUGGUUUACUAUUUGGGUAUGAUAUUGGUGCUACCUCAGGAGCUACCAUCUCUUUGCGGUCUCCAGGGCUUAGUGGGACAACAUGGUUCAAUCUAUCUUCCAUACAGCUUGGUCUUGUGGGCAGCCAAGUGUUUUGUACUACGCAGGGUCCAUUCUUCAGUUAUAUCGCAGACUGCUGGAUUUGCUGCUGCAUCAGAUGCUGCCAGAGUUUCAGUUGUAAUUGGUCUAUUUAAGUUUCUAAUGACAGGGGUCGCUGUCCUAAAAGUCGACGAUCUUGGGAGGAGACCUUUACUAAUUGGAGGUGUUACUGGCAUUACGGCUUCAUUGUUGUUUCUUUCAGCAUAUUACAAAAUUCUCCAGGGGUAUCCUCUGGUAGCUGUAUCUGCUCUGCUUCUUUAUGUUGGCUGCUACCAGAUAUCUUUUGGACCAAUAAGUUGGCUAAUGGUAUCCGAGAUCUUCCCCAUUCGCACAAGAGGACGUGGGAUUAGUCUUGCUGUUCUAACAAAUUUUGGUGCAAAUGCGCUUGUAACUUUUGCAUUUUCCCCAUUGAAGGAAGCAUUGGGGGCUGAUAAUCUUUUCCUACUGUUUGCCGGUAUCGCUUUAGUAUCUCUUCUCUUUGUGAUCUUCAUCGUUCCAGAGACUAAAGGAUUGAGCCUGGAGGAAAUUGAAUCAAAGAUUUUGAAGUGAAAGCUUAGCUUUAGUGCUUUAGUACCUCGCUGAACAAAAACUUCAUUUGUAUGUACACUACUAAAUUCGGACUCUUGAAUUUGUUGUGAAACUAUCCAUGCAUAUAUAAAUAAAAUGAUAAU